UGGGAGGAGGCGUUCCGGGAUCUUUCCCUGCAGGCUCUAGGAAACGUACAGCACUCGGCCUUUGGCGGGCAGACACAGACUGCUAGUCCAGAGGAGUGUUCGAGGGGUUCCCUGGUAAUUCUGCUACUGAAGGUAGUCAAAGCAGUGACUUGCUUCUUUCAGCAAUCCCGAGCUGAGCUCCCACAGGUGCCAGACCCUGAGCUUGGCACAGUGGGGGUCUCUCAAGAUCUAAAGUAGCAUGGAUCUGCCCGUGGAUGAGUGGAAAUCAUACAUACUUCAGAAGUGGUCUUUGCUCCCCCAGUCCAUUCAGGUCACCAUUUCUACAGCAAAGACUUUGAAUGAUCUCUUUCUUCACUCAUCUCCGCUUCUUCAACCUGAGGAUGAGAUGUUUUUAAAAAGGCUUUCUGGAGGUUACCUUGUUGGAAAGGAUCCCGACGCUUCCAUUUUCUACAGAGAAAAAGGAAACAAAAAAUUUCAGGAGAAGGAUUAUAUGGGAGCCACAGUGCUGUACUCUAAGGGAGUGUCGCAUUCGGGGCCCAGCUCUACGGACAUGUCACUGUGUUAUGCCAAUCGCUCCGCAGCCCUCUUCCACCUGGGUCAGUAUGAAACAUGCCUUAAAGACAUCGUCAGAGCACAGACGCAUGGAUAUCCAGAAAGAUUGCAACCCAAGCUGCUGUUGCGUAAGGCAGAGUGUCUGGUGACCCUGGGGAGACCACAGGAGGCAAGCCAGACCAUCAGUGAUCUUGAAAGCAACUUUGCUGCCAAGGCAACCCUCUCAGCUUCCCAAUUUCAGAUUCUGCAGAGAACCCUCUGUCGUGUGAAAGUGAAGGUACAAGAAAAGGAGAAUCUCCCAGAAAUCUUCCCAGAGGCUCUAACCAAAACCUUUGAGGGUGUGGACCUAAGGGAAGAGAAUGAACAAAUUCCCAGUGCCUCGUCCUCUGUCAGCUUACAUAUAGACCCUUUAAAAGGCCGCUAUCUGGUUGCCACAAAAGAUAUCCUCCCAGGAGAGCUUCUGGUGAAAGAGGAUGCUUUUGUGAGUGUCCUUAACCCAGGAGAAAUGCCACCGCGACAUCAUGGCCUGGAGAGCAAGUGGGACACCCAAGUGACCAAUGGGGACCUUCACUGCCACCGAUGUCUGAGGCGCACUCUGGCCCCGGUUCCCUGUGAUGGCUGCAGCUAUGCCAAGUAUUGCAGCCAGGCGUGUAUGCAGCAGGCCUGGGAUCGCUACCAUAGUGUGGAGUGUUCUUUGGGGGCUCUGCUGCUCACACUGGGCGUGUUUUGUCAUGUUGCCCUGAGGUCGGCUCUCUUAGCUAGGUUUGAGGAUGUUGACAAAGUCAUAAAGAAACUCUGUGGUGAGAUGAGUAACCAGGGCAUCUGCUUACCUGAAAGCAGGGAUCCAGCACAGAUACUCAAGUAUGACCUGAGAGGAGAGGGAGAAAAAAAGGAUAAAGCAGUUGAGACCCCAAUUCCUGGAUGUGAUAUUAAUGGGAAAUAUGAAAGGAAUUAUAAUGCCGUCUUCCACCUUUUACCCCAUACUGAAAACCAUAGCCCUGAGCACAAAUUCCUCUGUGCUCUAAGUGUUUCUGCACUGUGCAGGCAGCUCGAAGCAGCCGGUUUGCAGGCCUUCACAACAGAUCUGAAACCAACUAAGCUGAAAGCUGCAGAGACUCCUGUGUUGUGUGCAGAGCUGAACGUUUGGGGAGUGGCCAUGCUGAGACACAUGUUACAGCUGCAGUGUAAUGCUCAGGCAAUAACGACCAUCCAGCAAACAGGAUCUAAAGAGAACCUCAUUACCGACACCCAGCAGGUGCGCCUUGCCACAGCCCUCUUCCCUGUCGUCAGCCUCCUGAACCAUUCCUGCAGCCCCAACACCAGCGUGUCCUUCUUUGGCACCAUCGCCACCGUUCGGGCAUCACAGCUGAUUAGAAGAGGGCAGGAGAUCUUCCACUGCUACGUAUUGGCCAAGCAUGGUCUUUCUGCAGGACCACACGAGAGCAGGAUGGGCGUUGCUGAGAGGCGCCAGAAGCUGAGGUCUCAGUAUUUCUUUGACUGCAACUGUCCACCUUGUGAUCGUGAGAGGCAGAGACCCUCGGCAGGGCCUGGUCGGGAAGCCUUUCGUUGUCACCGUUGCAGAGCACUCCUGCAGGGAGAUGAUGUUCUGAGCUGUGGUGGCCCAGCUUGUACGGAAUCACUUGGCAGAGGCCUCCUGGUCUCCCGGCUUCAGGACCUUCAACGGCAGGUGGGGGUGGCCCAGAAGCGUCUCAGAAACGGCAGACUAGAGCUCGCCAUUCAGCUGUUGCUGGAGUGUCAGAGUGAUGCCGAGAGCUUCCUGUCUGCAGACUACAGCGUGGUGGGAGAAAUCGAGGACACCUUGGCCCAGGCCUAUGCUGCCUUAGGGGACUGGGAGAAGUCAGCGACCCACCUUCAGGAGAGUCUCCGAGUGGUGGAAGUCCACCACGGGCCAUCCAGUGUGGAGAUGGGCCAUGAGCUCUUCAAACUGGCCCAGGUCUUCUUCAAUGGGUGUGCAAUACCCGAAGCUCUGAACACAAUACAGAAGGCAGAGAAGGUCCUGUUGGUACAUUAUGGCCCUUGGAAUGAUGAGAUCCGGGAGCUACAAAAGAUGAAAUCCUGUUUAUUGGACUUGCUGCCCAUCCCUGGGGGACCUAAGGAAUAGGGUGGGAUGAAUUAAAGAGUGUCUGUUGCUGCUGAGCUGUCACCUAAAAACACAGGACCUGCCUGACAGUCACAGGCCUGGUGUAUGGGAUGGGGGGGGACUUGGAAAGCAUCGCGGUUAGAGACAGGCUCACCUAUUUUGAUGGAUGUUUUUUGAAGUAGUUAACUACUCUCCAGCACAAAUUCCCAUUUCCCAGAAAAGACUUCAAACUGGUAUCUGGAGAACCUAAGCCCUUUAAAAGGAUUUUAGCUGAUCUGCAGGCAUCUGGAUGUUAGCCUAGGGUUUUGGCUAAACGCCACCUCUCUAAAUGAUGAUGUCUGCUUCACUGGAACAUUCCUAUGGUUUCUAGCAGUAAUGAAAUGUUGUGUACCACUCCAGUGGGAACUUAAACUCUUAAUAGUUGUGUUGUAAUUGAAAAAUAGUUAUAAAGCCAGAAGUCAGUGAGGCUCCUUACCUCUAGAGAGACAGUUUCAUUUACGUUAUCUAGCUUCCUCAGAUCCUUUGUUUAAAACCAGUAGUGUAUAAAUUAUGAAUAGAGAAAUAAAUAUGGGGCCAUUUUAUUGUUGGGCUAGGAUGGCACCUCUCAAUUUGUUUUCUACUAGUUUUCCAGUCCUUGUUCUCUGGAUUUUACUCUAUACUCUUGGCUGACUCACUGACCAAACACUAAUAAAAUCAAACUUGUAGCAAAGACUUUAUAACAUGUCCUUUCUGAGUUAUGUUUAUUAGCAAACCUGAAAAGAGAUUGCUUUUUUUCUAUCUCCCCAAGCAGGCAAAUGAAAUACAGACUAUGUAAGUACUGAAAAGGGGGAAAAACAGCUUCAGAAGAUGCUGAGGGUAUGGGCAUGGCUGCUUGUGGUUUCAGACCUAAGAGACAAGCUAGGAAGGAGAACUGUUGUCUACCUGGUUGUAUAGCACUGGUCUAGACGUUUUUGGCAUCAGAGACUGGUUUCAUGGAAGACACUUUUUCCACGGACCAGGAGCGGGGUGGGGAUGGUUUGGGGAUGAUUCAAGCACAUUAUGCCUGUUGUGCACUUUAUUUCUAUUGUUAUUACAUCAGCUCCACCUCAGAUCAUCAGAUGUUAGAUCCUGGAGGUUGGGGACCCUGGUCUAAACCCCGUGAGAAGGCCAGAGUCUCUGGAUCUGAACCCUGGGUUCUCUGUCACCACUGGGGACCAAGUGGUUCAGAUGAGUUAGUGGAGAAGAAUUCACACUGCUUUGAGAGCUUGCCCACCCCAUCCAUGCCAAGAAGUGCCUAGUGGUUGCCCUGGCAUUUAUAAUCAGGAACUGAAUGGCCUUGAAGCUGCCUGGCAGUAGCUUUUCAAGAAGCCGAGUGUUCAGAACACGGUUUGCACUCAAACCUUUGAAUGAAGGGCAGGCAGAAUCUCGUUUAUCUUCCUUUCUACUAACUCACUGUGGCAGAGGCCAUGGCCAAUGAGAUGUUUGGGUAGAGCUGACUUUCAAGAAGAAAAAUUUAGUCCUGUGGCCAAUUCUGUAGUUGUUCUGUUCUUGAAACACUUGGCACGUUUCAAGUUCCUGAAAAAAAGGUUCUGCUAUACUUUGUAAAAUAGGCCCACUUCCUUAAAAAGAAUGUGGGUAGAAUUUUACAUCUCAGACCUCAUUUUUAUGUGAACUUAAGAGCUUUCUUUAAAUGCUCUAUAAAAUACAAAAUUAUUUCCUGAA